AAGACGGUUUUAGGUUAUGCAUAUAUAUAUAUAAAAUCUUUAAGUUUAGUUUGAUUUCAGUAGAGAUAACGAGAAGACUUUAUAUAGCUGCCAAUUUUCGUUUGAAUGACAAUGGAUUUGAAACUUCUUAUCUUGCAGGCAGUCCUUAUUUUCCAAGUGACAGCUCAGUUUGAUCCUAUCGCGUUCACUCUAGGACAGGAUUCUCAUGUAAAUGCAUUAAAUGUUGACAACUCAACCACAAUACCAUUUCCAGUGGUCAUCUUGAACCACGCCCAAGCUCAACUUAACAACGGGGUAUUCACAUGCUCGCAGGAUGGAUUGUACAAGUUUCAAGUGUAUUCACUAACCAAGACAGACAGCAACCUUUUCCUGGAGCUGUACGUCAAUGACAAACUUGUAGCCACGCUCUGGGCUCACACCCCCGGGGACUAUGCGGCCGCUGGGAACGCUGUUAUACUCGCCCUGAUGAACGGUGAUUUUGUUAAGGUUAUAACGAGAAGCCAGUAUAGUAUCAAUAUGUACGGAACACCGGAUGAGAUUUACACCACAUUUACUGGUGUCCAACUCGGCUCUCUGGAGCUAAAUGCAGAAGGCUCAAAAUUGUCAGCUUUCUCCGUGACCUUGAACCAACAUCAAGACGUAGCAAGCGGAAACAACAUAAUGUACAAUAACAUUGUAACUGACGUAAAUGGAGCUUAUGACGUCACAACCGGUGUAUACACAGCGCCAUCUAGUGGACUUUACAUAUUCCACUUCUUCGGUUUAGCACGUCAGAACAUGGAGCUGUAUCAAGAAUUGUACCACAACAACCACUACGUUUGCUCUAUCUACGGCCUAACAGACCAGGACUGGGCAGAUGCCGGAAAUACUGUUCUCCUUCACCUUAAACAAAAUGAUCAUAUCAGUAUUCGUGCCCACGGAAACAACAGCAUUUACGGAACCCCAGACGAAAUUUAUUCCACAUUUUCGGGAGCUCAGUUGGUGACAGAAAAUGAUAUGUAUUCUGGUCAAGAAGCAAUCAUUGCGUUCUCUGUUGGUUUAUCCCAUCAUGCAACAGUCACAAACAGCAACAAGGUCAUGUUUGAUCGUGUGUUUCUUGACCUACAACGAGUGUAUAAUCCACAAACCGGAGAAUUCGUCGCACCUGUUUCCGGUCUGUACGAAUUCAACUAUCAUGCUCUCGGCAAGCAAAAUGGUAAACUGUGGCUCGAGCUUUAUCACAACUAUAAGUAUGUGGACUCUCUCUAUAGUCACACUCCAGGUCACUAUGCAACUGCCGGAAAUGCAGCCGUCCUUGACCUUGACAUUGGUGACGUAGUGUUUGUUAAAGCUCAUAAUGACGUGGACCUGUAUGGCACCAGUAAUGAGGUUUACUGUACGUUCACUGGAUAUUUACUUCACCCGGUGGGUAGUGGUAAUGAAAUUAUAGGGUAGGGAGAAUUUAUAUGAAGAAUAAAAACACAACAAAAAUGUUAA